UGACGUGAAGUAUAUUGCGCGGGAAACUGCAGCUGUUUGUUUGAAAAGACGAGCUGCACAGUCAUUGGCUGACUGUCACGCGCAGAGCUCCACAUCAGCCAAUCACAUGUCUCAUGCGCCUUCACCGCACUGAGCGCGUGCUCGUUCUCGGCUUUAAAAACGGCAGCAGCGCGACAAACAACUUCAUUUUCUGUGAAGUUCUGAAGAGAAUCUGUUCGUCAUGGCAAGAACUAAACAAACCGCCCGCAAGUCCACCGGUGGAAAAGCCCCGAGGAAGCAGCUCGCUACUAAAGCCGCACGUAAGAGCGCUCCAGCCACCGGUGGAGUCAAGAAGCCUCAUCGUUACAGGCCCGGUACCGUAGCGCUGAGAGAGAUCCGCCGUUAUCAGAAGUCCACUGAGCUGCUGAUCCGCAAACUGCCUUUCCAGCGUCUGGUGAGAGAAAUCGCUCAGGAUUUCAAGACGGAUCUGCGCUUCCAGAGCUCCGCCGUCAUGGCCCUGCAGGAGUCCAGCGAGGCCUAUUUGGUCGGUCUCUUUGAGGACACCAACUUUCUAAAACUUCUCAUUAUGUCUGGACGAGGAAAAGGCGGUAAAGGACUCGGAAAAGGAGGCGCCAAGCGGCACCGGAAAGUAUUGCGUGAUAACAUCCAAGGAAUCACCAAACCAGCAAUCCGUCGUCUCGCCCGCCGUGGCGGUGUCAAGCGUAUCUCCGGUCUGAUCUACGAGGAGACUCGCGGUGUGUUGAAGGUGUUUCUGGAGAACGUGAUCCGUGACGCUGUCACAUACACCGAACACGCCAAGAGAAAGACCGUCACUGCCAUGGACGUUGUGUACGCGCUGAAACGACAGGGACGAACUCUGUACGGCUUCGGAGGUUAAACGACUUUAUUCUGCGGACAUCAGACAAACCCAACGGCUCUUUUAAGAGCCACCCAUGUUCUCCCUUAAAGAGUCAACCUUUCUGUACGUUCACACCAGAAGCGGCGAGAGCGUCAAAAUUCGCUCUGGCAGCCCUGCCUUCGACGCUCAAGGACGCUCUGACGUAGUUGAAAUAAGCGGCAACGUUUGUUCAGAAUGCUUUGUUUUGUGAACUAUAUUUAAAGGGGCCGCAAUUUAAACGUCCAGAUAUGUCGACCAUUUACCGACCUAUCACAAGUAGCGUGUAUCCUCAUGAAUUCUUUAAAAUGUGAAAAUUAGAAAUUAAAAUUAUAGUUGUUUGUUAU